AUGCGGUCACACCGAACACGAGUUUAUAAGAAAUGGAAAUUGAUUUGGGAUUCGCGGAAAAAAGCGACGACGCCGCUUGGCUGAGUAACCGAUACUUUCCCAGCAAGCUGGGUGGGCAGCCCGCCUGGCUGGAACUGGAGCAUCUGCCGGCCACAUCGCAGCUGCAGUGCAGCAAGUGCCAGGCACCCAAAUCCUUCCUGGCCCAACUCUACGCUCCCUUCGAGGAUGAGUUUAACUUUCACCGCUCGAUCUAUGUGUUCCUCUGCAGGAAUCCCGACUGCCAGGUGGCCCAGAGUGCAGAUAAUUUCACAGUGCUGAGGUCGCAGUUGCCGCAGAAAAACAAGUUCUUUUCGGAGGAGGAGCCGAGCGACGUGGGAGAUCCUUUGCCUGCCAUCGCCUGCCUGAAGAAACUGUGUGCCGCCUGCGGUUGCCACGCUCCACACGCCUGCAGCAAAUGCAAGGCCAUCCACUACUGCUCCGCGGAGCACCAGCGGAUGCACUGGCCACAGCACAAGCCACACUGCGGAGCAUCGGUUGGCUCUACUCCCACACCUCUAAGCCAAAUCGUUUUCCCGGAAUUCGAGAUUGUCAUGGACAGCAAUCCCAUGGAAUCUGGUGAGGAUGACAAAGACGAUGAGACUCGCUUGGCCGAGUUCCACGAACUGGAGGCCAGUGGACAGACGGGCGAUCUGAGCAACGUCUCCGAGGCUGAGAUGGACAAAUACUUUGGAAACACGGCAAGCGCCGACGACAAGACCUUCGGUCAGUUCAAAAAGCAAACGGCAGCGGAGCCCGAUCAGAUUGUGCGCUACAAGCGCGGUGGCCAGCCCCUGUGGAUCGCCAACACCGCCCAGACGGUGGAGGAUCAGCUGAAGGAGCUGCCCAAUUGCGGCCAUUGCGGAGGAGCCCGCCAGUUUGAGUUCCAGAUCAUGCCGCAAACGCUGACGCUGCUCGAAGACGACAGCCUCGACUGGGGCGUUCUGGCGGUCUACACCUGCGCCAAGAGCUGUCCCAUCGAGGGCUACGCGGAGGAGGUGCUCAUCAAGCAGGACAUUGUGGCGGAGGUGGAGCAGAGUUGACAUUAAAAUGCAUACACAUCAA